GCACGUGCUCAUAAAAUCCCCAAAGCAGAGGCACAUUUCCCGACGAGAGCGUGAGCAGUGAGAAUUGUCUGUGUUUUUCUGACAGAAAAGUUUGUUCAUAUGAACAUUUUUUGAGUUACAUUUUAGAGAUAAACCAACGAUCCCAUUGUUUGAAAGACGAAUCAUGACAAUAGUGGUUCUUCGUUUGCAAGGUUUGAACACAGAAGCAGGAUCUGAAGAUAUCCGCAGAUUUUUUCAUGGCUUACACAUCCCGGAGGGUGGUGUUCAUAUCACUGGUGGUGAGAUGGGUGAAGCUUUUAUAAUUUUUAAAACAGAAGGAGAAGCUCAACAAGCCAUGCACCGCUCUGGAAAACUUCUCAGAGGCUCCUCCGUUUCAUUAUAUAUCAGCAGUGUAGCUGAAUUAAAGCAUAAAAUGGAGUCGAGAUUAAGAAAACCAAUUACCCCUGCAGUGGAAACUAAAACUGUGCCACCUGCGCCAGUCUUAACAGACACCAGCGCAGCUAUUUUUCUAAGUCUAAUGGCUGUCAUCCAAGGACAGCUUUCAAACAACAAAGCGAAUGAAACCCCAAUGUCUUCGGCACCUGAUAACUUAAAACAAACUGUUCAACGACACUCAACUGAAGACCAAACAAAUGCAGAUUUUGCUCAAUCUGCAGGAGCCACCCAUAGCUUGGCCUCUAUGGAGCAGCAAAGCAGUGGAGGAAACAUUAACACCUGUAAGCCAGGCUACCUGCGGCUUUAUGGCUUUCCAGACUCCAUUACUGAACAAGAUGUCUGCCGUUUCCUCCAAGGAUUAAAAGUGUUGGGAGUUAUUACAAAAGUUCAAUUACCACUGGGAUUGUGCUGCCUAGUGAAGCUAGCCAGUUUUGCAGAGGCUGAAGAAGGGGUGAAAUACAACAAUACAAAAUACAAAAAAUUUAACAUUGAGGUUCGACUCGCCCAUGAGAAGAUGUGGACAGAUGCCACAGAGCAGUCAAAUGAUUGCAUGCCUAAGAUGCAAUCUCACACUUUCACGGACCAAAGACAAGUCAACGUGGAUAGAAAUGCAUUUAGAGGUUUCUCAAGCAAAAGAAGUGCUGAGGAGCAACCUCCAUCAGGAUCUUCUACAAAAUACUGCCAAAGCCCUCCCCCUAACCCAGAACUUUAUGUUAUUGUCAAUAAUCUUUCAAAGAAUAUAACCAAGACAGAAAUCAGGAACAUUUUGGGCUGUCACGAGAUCCCGAACAGUAGAAUUAAACAUUUAUUAAACAAGUUUGGAGAGAGGACAAGCACUGCUUUCAUUACCUUUGAGCGUGCCGAAGAUUACGCUGCGGCUCUAAACAUGAAUGGGACCACAAUUGGCUUAAAGAACAUUGAAGUGUCUUCCAUUACUAGGGAAGAAAUGUUUGCGAUACUCAGCAGGAACAGAGUUGCUAAAAUUUGGAGACACCAACCAUAUGGAAAAUCCAUGUCGUGUAUAUAUGCAAGGAACUUUCCUGCAGAAGUCAAGAAAUCUGAGGUGAGGAACUUUUUCUUCCGGUUUAAGGUCUUCGAAAAUCAAAUCAUAUUGCUCGUGGACAGCCAGGGAAAUGGCGUUGGAGAGGCCGUAGUGCAGUUUGGAUGUGAGAAAGUUGCCAGACAGGCUCAAAACCUUCAUGGGAAAGUUUUCAUGGGAACAAAAAUUCUACUCACUCGCAUUACUCAUCAGCAGAUGAAGGAGAUACUUGGCACGCAGUGAAGAUGCAUGGUUAACAGACCAUUAUGUACAGUUCAUGUAAAUAAAGAUUACAGAUUUAGAAGAUUCAGAAUUCUUUUGUAAAGACUUUUGGCAUUGAUGUGCCAGAGCAGCUGUUUUAACCACAGCAAUUAUAAGAAUGCCCUAAACAAAAAUCUAAGCAGUGUGUAAAUAAGAUUUUGAAAAUAUUUUCUGCUGGUGAAACAUUUUCUUUACGUUUACUAUUUUUCAUACAAUUAAUUGUCAAACUGUUAAGUACACUUUAUGCUUAAAGUUCAUCAGUGCAAUAAAAAUAAUGCACACAGCAUGUAUGUUUGCUUGCACAUUAUAAUGCACUUUUCCCGUUGUAGCUGCUAAAUUAACAGCUUAUUGGUUUCAAUUAAAAAAUGGA